AUCGACGCGCUGCUGGCCCGCGAGCGGCGCGCCGUACGGCGCCUGGUCAAGAUCCUGCUGCUGGGCGCGGGCGAGAGCGGCAAGUCCACCUUCCUCAAGCAGAUGCGCAUCAUCCACGGCCGCGAGUUCGACCAGAAGGCGCUGCUCGAGUUCCGGGACACCAUCUUCGACAACAUCCUCAAGGGCUCGAAGGUGCUUGUCGAUGCUCGGGACAAGCUGGGCAUUCCCUGGCAGUACUCUGAGAACGAGAAGCAUGGCAUGUUCCUGAUGGCCUUUGAGAACAAAGCGGGGCUGCCCCUGGAGCCAGCCACCUUCCAACUGUACGUGCCUGCCCUCACCGCCCUCUGGAAGGACUCUGGCAUCAGGGAGGCGUUCAGCCGGAGGAGUGAAUUCCAGCUGGGUGAGUCCGUGAAGUACUUCCUGGAUAACCUGGACCGGAUUGGCCAGCUGAAUUACUUUCCCAGUAAACAGGACAUCCUGUUGGCCAGGAAAGCCACCAAGGGCAUCGCAGAGCACGACUUUGUGAUUAAGAAGAUCCCCUUCAAGAUGGUGGAUGUGGGCGGGCAGCGGUCCCAGCGCCAGAAGUGGUUCCAGUGCUUUGACGGGAUCACGUCCAUCCUGUUCAUGGUGUCGUCCAGCGAGUACGACCAGGUCCUCAUGGAGGACAGGCGCACCAACCGGCUGCUGGAGUCCAUGAACAUCUUUGAGACCAUCGUCAACAACAAGCUCUUCGUCAACGUCUCCAUUAUCCUCUUCCUCAACAAGACGGACCUGCUGGUGGAGAAGGUGCGGACGGUCAGCAUCAAGAAGCACUUCCCCGACUUCAAGGGCGACCCCCACCGCCUGGAGGACGUGCAGCGCUACCUGGUCCAGUGCUUCGACCGCAAGAGGCGCAACCGCAGCAAGCCUCUGUUCCACCACUUCACCACAGCCAUCGACACGGAGAACAUCCGCUUCGUCUUCCACGCCGUGAAGGACACCAUCCUGCAGGAGAACCUUAAGGACAUCAUGCUGCAAUGA